UUCUGAUUUCGUGACGAAAUUGGGUCCUGUUUUCUAAUAGUAAGGUUUGCAACAAUCGCCGAACUGGGAUCCUCGAAAUCUCAAAGUCUUUGUUUGAGCCGCGCUCUUGACAUCCUUACUCACAACCAUUGCUCUCGAUAUUCGGAGCUCAUUGCCCCUUUUUCUUAUCAGCUUAUCGAUCUGUCUCUCACACGAUCCAACCCUAAUACCCCUCACCUCUACACAACAAACCAGAAUCAUAUUCUUUCUAACAACCGUCUUUCCAUUCCAACGUACACUCAUCUCUCACCCAUCUCCAACUCAUCUCAAGCCCUCAAAAUGUCUUCCCAACUAACAGCCAUCCCCGCCCGCCACGGCAUCGCAACACCCCUCCGAGCCGGCCAAACGAUAAAAAUCAUCAACACGUACGGAACACAGGUAGUCGACACCUGGGCUUUCACUUUAUCCUCUUUCCCACCAUCCUCAUCCACCCCUCCCUCUGAAAUCGCCACACAAAUGUCCAUGCAACACACGCGCGCGUCUCUGAACCGUAUCAUUCCAAAAGUGGGGGAUGGACUUUAUGAUAAUAAGAGGAGGAAGUUGUUGGAAAUAGUGGAGGAUACGACGGAGGGGGUGCAUGAUACGCUGAUUGCUGCUUGUGACGAUGCGAGGUACAGGGAGCUUGGGGGUGGGGAGGGGCAUAGGAAUUGUGCAGAUAAUUUGGUUGAGGGGUUGGGUGCUUUGGGUAUCAAAGCUCCGCAAUUCACGCCUUCGCCUCUUAAUCUGUUCAUGAAUAUCCCGGUUCAUGAUGACCAUACUACUCUUUCAUUCGAGGCACCUACUAGUAAAGAGGGGGAGUAUAUUUGUUUGAAGGCUGAGAUGGACUUGAUGAUUGCAUUUAGUGCUUGUCCACAGGAUAUUCUGAAGAUUAAUUUUGGGAAGCCCGUUGAUGCUCAUUUUCAAAUUCUGUUAGGGGCGAAUGAGUAGGUGUAUACGAGAAGUGUUUACCAGACACAUUUCACACAA